UGCAUAUUCUUUACUUACAGUAAUUUAAUUGUGAUUUUAUACCGUCAAAUUGAGCAGUGAUAAUUAAAAAAUGAGUCCAUUUAGGGGGACAAGUUUGAGAGGCAGGUAUUCAAAUGACAAUGAUAUACCAAGUCCAAGAAUUAAUCAACGUGAAUAUUCAGAAAUAUCUGAUACAGAAAGUGAAGAUUCAGAUGUUAUAUACAUAGAGCCUCCUGCACCACCAAUGAUUGAUCUCACUACCGUUUUCACACCAGAGGUUUGCCAACGAAUACUUCUAAUGAGCAGUGAGCCAAUUGAUCUCACCGAAUCAAAAGGACCUGAAACUGAUAGAGAUUUUGAUUCUAGGAGAAGAUUGCCAGAUAAUAAUACCAGAAAUGAUGAUAACAUUGUAACACAAGACAUUCGCCAACGAAUAGAUCUAAUAAGGAGAAAAACUAUUGAUCUCACCGAAUCUGAAAGACCUCAAGAAGAUAUCCAAAUCGAAGAUAAUUCGCAGUAUCUUCUUCGAAAGGGCAGAGCAAUGUUACAACGUGCAUUGGCCAUUUUAAGUUUAGCACAACCAGAUGUUAUAGAACUAUCUGAUAUAGAUAAUGAUGAUGAUUCAAGCAAUGAGGACGAUGAAAAUGCAAAUGAUACAGAAUCUUCCAGUUCUUCAGAGUCUCCUGAAAAUGCUAUACGCCAAGUUGUCGAAAAUGCUAUGCACCAAGUAGUUGAACAACUUAAGACACUUGACUUCAAAAAAAAUUGUCACUCUAAAUAAAUAUAAUUAUAAUAUAACUGUAAAUAUAUUCUGCAUCAACAAAUUUAUAAAUAGAAGCGAGUUACGAGACAAUUAACCCGUCAGUACUCGCGUUAUAAGCAUUUUGCUCACGAUCGAUUUAAAAUACAUAAAUAACUUUUAUUCUUUUUAUUUUAUACUUCAUAUAAUUUUAUCUAUUAUUCGAAUUGUAUGUAAUUUACAACCUAGCUACAAUUUUUUUUUCAAGUCAUUC